AUGGAAAAUCUUGUUAAUCGCUAUCUCGAUGGACUUAAGUCCAAUUCAGAUGAAACUCGCUUAUCAACAGUUUCCGAUCUUCGAAAAUUCAUUGCUUCUGACCUCAAAGAGGCAGCAUCUAGCAAUUAUACAGAAGUUAUCGAUUAUUUGUGUGUUGAACUCAAUGAAAUGCUAAAUGGAUGCCUUGCUGAGAUUGAUUUCGCUUCUCUUUCUCCCUAUUGUCCCAAAUUUAUUGCUUCACUGAAUUCCCUCAAUUAUUUGGGCGAUCUACAACUUAUCGUUCUCAGUGGUCGCCUUUUGGGUGAAUUCGGUCUUCUCUUGCCAAAUGAUUUUGCUGAAAGUCAAAUUAGACGUGCCUGUGAAAGUCUUAAAUCUUGUUCUCUGUCGUUUAUUCAAAAGGAAUUCAAUAUCUUGAUGAUACGUGAAGCUGCUCUGCAUACUCCUGUCAGUUUCUAUCACAGUAUUGCAAAAUGUUUACCAGUACUCCUACAAUGUUUCAGGGAAAAAGAGAUUGUUCUUCGUGAUCUAUCAGCUAUGGCUCUUCGAUGUACUCUAGGAAUAGCCGCAGAGAAUGAAAUUGGUCGACAGGGUCAGAGGCUGGCUGUUGUGAGUGAAUUCAAUGUGAACUCCUUCGGUGAUCAACUGACCCGGUCACUCCCACCUAGUUCUAGUCGUCAAGUUCUUCGCGGAAUGGGAAAUACCCCAUUCCGAAAGUCAGUCACUAUCCAGCAACCCUCUUUGCCCUCUGCAAAUGAACCCCCUGUUUCUUGGUACACUCAGUGUGUCUCUCAGCUUCUUUUUCCUCAGAUUAAGGCUGUCGCUCUCAAGCCAUCAGACGUUAAUGUUCCACCGAAUGUAUACCAAAUUUAUAAGAAAAUGACCAAAGAAGAAUGGUCCCACGGUAGUCUUCUAAUUCUCAAUGAACUUCUUGUCUACGCCAACCCAGAGUUUGAAAAACUCAGAAGCUCUCUGGAUUCCAUGCUUGAGCAGCCAAUCUUUCAUGCCGUUAUCACAAAUCAAACUGAAGGUGAGACUGCGGUACUUACCGUUGGUCAAACUCAGUGGCCGGUGGUCAUUAAUCUAAACCAAGCGGAUAUAAGCCCGUUGCCUGGAAGCACUAUUUCAGCACUCACUUCAUCGAAUCAGAUCUUUGGAGAUGAAGGGGUUGCCAGUGAAUUACUUCGUCAACAGCAAUUUCGCCAACAAAGGGCUGUUCCUCUUGUUUCUGAGGCUUGUCAACGUGUUCUUGGGUCAAAUCUUGCUAAAAUCUGGGAGUUAGUUCUCAGCUGUUUCACCAUGAAGCACACUGGAGUCCUUCAUCUUGUCAUGAAGGUUAUUCCUCGUCUUGUGGCUCUUGCAAAAUGUCCUAUACUGACUGAUGUUGCCACUCACACUCUUAGAAGCAUUAUUAAGUCUUCAGAGGGUAAUGAAAGUGUUCUUGUGACAGCUGUUAACUUUCUUUUUGACUGUGUCAAUCGGGAUAAGGAGAAAGGCUAUGCUUUGAUCACCCUCGGUCUUAUGACAUACGCAGCUGGUGAAGAGUUCCUUAAGCGGGAUUAUGUUAAUAAACUUGUUGAGAUUUUGAAGAAUGAGCUAAAACUACUCAAUGAAUCCACCUCUACGAAGAAGAAGAGUGGAAGCUUAUCAACAGCGAUUCUGCUUACACUUGGUUUGAUUGCAUGCAAUCUUGGCUCGUCAUCUACGGGUCAUAUCAAGGGCCUGUUGGAUACGAUAAUUAGUCGCGGUUUAUCUCAGCCUCUCUCUAUAACAUGUGCUCUCGUGGCUGAGCAUAUUCCUGAGUUAAAGCGGGAUGUGCAGGAGGGUCUCUUGAAGCGAAUUAAUGUGAUUCUAGCAAACACUACAGGUAUUGGUAUUCCAGGAGGUCUUCCAAUGGGAAUGGCGACGGGAAUCACACCCGGUUCUCCCAUUCCUGGUUCAACGACAGUGGGUGCUCAUCGUCUCUCUAUCCCCUCCUCGCGUACUACACCACUGAGAGCUCGCCAUUCUUUCGUGGCUCCACCAUUUGGCCAAAUGAGAACUAGUGCUGUCCCGCUUCCUGGAUUCCCUUGGGGUGAGGCCUUCUCGAAGGCAUCCCUUGCCUUUGGUGAAGCUGAUCCAUCUGGAGAUGCUCCAACAGAUAGUCAACUGGUUACUGUGGCAUUGAAGACUCUUGGAAAUUUCGAUUUUGAGGGCUACAAAUUGGCUUCUUUUGUUCGGCACACUGCUCAAAACUUUAUUUCUAUCAACUCUUGUGGAGUGCGAGAGAUUCGCCUGGAGGGUGUCCGAACAUGUUUGCGGUUGAUGCUACCCCUAUUAAAUUCUGCCGAUCAUGUUCCCGGCCAAAUGCAAAAGGAGUUGGACGCGGUGUCAGAAGUGCUAGCCAAGCUACUCAUUGUCGGUAUCAGUGAUCCAGACAGUGAAGUACGCAAAUGCGUUUUCUCCAUGCUGGACAGUCAGUUUGAUAAUCUUUUGGCACAGUCUCGACACCUCAACUCUCUCUUUGUGGCUCUCAAUGAUGAAGUGUUUGCUAUCCGUGGUCUGGUUAUGCAGUGUCUUGGACGUCUAUCGGACGUCAAUCCCGCCUGUGUUCAACCCACUCUUCGUUGUGUGUUACUCAAAAUCAUCACCGAUUUGUCAGAUAGUGGAACCGCCAAAAAUAAGGAAGAGGCCGCAGCUUUGAUCGCCAUUCUUGCAGCCACUGCACCCCACUUUGUGGUCUCCUAUGGUGAAUCCCUCCUUCACGUCAUCAUUCCUCAAAUUCGCAACGCCCUUCCCAUCAAUUUGCGCAUGAAAUUGCUCAUUUUACGCAACGAUAGACUGCAAAAAGCUGGUAAAUAUAACCGCAUCUAUAUUAUUAUCCUUUCUAUCACCACUAGUUUAAAGAAUUAA